AUGUUGGGAAAUACCUCGAGAAGAUUGUUCACAACGGCACUCAAGAAUCGUGUUGGCAAUGCCUCACGUCAUGCCACUAGAAUGACUUUGCAGGGAUCAUCAUCCCUCCGCUCAUUCUCUACUGCUGCUGCUGGUGCCCCUGCUGCUGCUGCACCAGCUCCAUCCACUCCAAUCGACUUUGGCGAGCAACUCGAGAGAGUAUACGGCAGAAUUCAGGAGGAGACUGAUAGAUCACUUGAGGGUGGCGGUCAGAAGAGAAACGACGCUCAGCAUGCCAAGGGAAAGUUGUUGGCUCGUGAGAGAAUCGACUUGUUGUUGGACAGUGGCUCAUUCAGAGAGUACGAUAUGUUGGUCACACAUCGUUGCGCAGACUUCAACGUGGAGAAGCUUCCAGGUGAUGGUGUCGUCACCGGUCACGGCACAAUCAACGGCAAGCUCGUCUUUGUCUUCUCUCAGGACUUCACAGUCAACGGAGGUUCAUUGUCUGAGGCCCACGCCGAGAAGAUCUGCAAGAUCAUGGACAAGGCCAUGCUGGUGGGCGCACCCGUCAUUGGUCUGAACGACAGUGGUGGCGCGCGUAUCCAGGAGGGUAUCGCCUCGCUCGCUGGUUAUGCCGAGGUGUUCCAGCGCAACGUCAUGGCGAGCGGUGUCAUUCCACAGAUUUCAGUCAUCAUGGGUCCAUGCGCCGGAGGUGCUGUCUACUCACCAGCCAUCACUGACUUUACAUUCAUGGUCAAGGACACCUCAUACCUCUUUGUCACUGGUCCAGAGGUCGUCAAGUCUGUCACCAAGCAGGAGAUCACCCAAGAGGAGCUUGGAGGUGCCAAGACUCACACCACCAAGUCUGGUGUUGCUCAUCUCGCUUUCGAGAAUGAUAUUGAUGCUCUUAAGAAGGUAAGAGAGUUUGUUACCUUGUUGCCAUCAUCCAACCGCAGUGAACCAUCAAAUAUUGAGCCACUUGAUGAGCCAGAUCGCGAGGAUCAGGUGUUGAACCGCAUUGUGCCAGAGGAUCCAAACAAGCCAUACGACAUGCAGGAGGUCAUCGAGAGAGUGAUUGACAAUGGCGAGUUCUUUGAGAUCCAGCCAGCAUACGCCAAGAACAUCAUUGUUGGUUUUGCCAGAAUGGAGGGACGCACCGUUGGUAUCGUCGCCAACCAGCCCAAGGAGCUGGCUGGAUGUCUCGAUAUCGAUGCCUCAGUCAAGGCUGCCAGAUUCGUCCGCUUCUGUGACUGUUUCAACAUCCCAUUGAUCACUUUCGUCGAUGUGCCAGGUUUCUUGCCAGGUACCUCCCAGGAGCACAACGGUAUCAUCCGUCACGGUGCCAAGCUGCUCUACGCUUACGCCGAGGCCACCGUGCCCAAGAUCGCCGUCAUCACCCGUAAGGCCUACGGUGGUGCCUACGACGUCAUGUCGUCCAAGCACUUGCGUGGAGACACCAACUACUCAUGGCCCACUGGUCAGGUCGCCGUCAUGGGAUCCAAGGGUGCCGUCGAGAUUAUCUUUAGAGGAAAGGGAGACAUCGCUGAGCAGGAGAAGAUCUACAACGACAAGUUCGCCAACCCACUGCCAGCCGCCAGACGUGGAUUCAUCGAUGGCAUCAUUCUGCCACAGGAGACCAGAAGGAUCAUUUGUGACGACUUGAGAAUGUUGAAGGACAAGAAGCUGACCAACCCAACCAAGAAGCACGGAAACAUCCCAUUGUAA